AAAUCAAAAUCAAAAUUUGAGGGGGGGUUAGAAAAGAACAUAUGAAAGAGCAGCCACCCCAAUUUCAACCACCAUAUUUGAUGUGGAUCUCGUGGUGAAGAUUGAGAUAUAUAUAUAAAGCUAUAUAGUAUUGGAAAAAGAUGACGAUAGCAACCAGUUGGCGCCAGUCGUUCACUACUAGUAUUAAUUUUGCAAAAAGGCAAAUUUUGAUCUCAAUCAAUCAUUGCACAUUCAUGACAUUUUUUCAUUUCUAUUUGUUGUGAAAGUAUAUGAUUAUUCCACGUAAGUCAAGGGCCCCUCGCUUUUUGCAGUAUAAAUAGGGAGACAUUGACACCAAUUAGCUUCAUUCAAACAUCUUCACAUCCCCUUUUUAGACAAACAAAAACAAAUGGCGAUUAAAUCGUUAGAGCAGCCCGCCGCCGCCGUUAGUCUAUCGAGAAUCGCAGUUUCCGACACUCACGGCGAGGACUCGCCGUACUUCGCCGGCUGGAAAGCUUACGAUGAAAAUCCCUACCACGAAUCUUCCAACCCUUCCGGUGUCAUACAAAUGGGACUCGCGGAAAAUCAAGUUUCAUUCGAUCUCCUCGAGAAAUACCUUGAAAAGAAUUCCUCAGACGCUACCAGCAGCGGCAGAGCUUCUAGUUUUAAAGAGAAUGCUUUGUUUCAAGAUUAUCAUGGUCUCCUUUCUUUCAGAAAGGCAAUGGCGAGCUUCAUGGGGCAAAUUAGAGGCGGGCGGGCGAAAUUCGACCCGGAAAGAAUCGUGAUCACGGCGGGAGCAACCGCAGCUAACGAACUUCUCACCUUCAUUUUGGCUGAUCCAGGCGAUGCCUUGCUCGUCCCAACUCCAUACUAUCCAGGGUUCGACAGAGACCUAAGGUGGAGAACCGGCGUGAACAUCGUACCCAUCCACUGCAACAGCUCCAACAGCUUCGAGAUCACUCCGGCGGCCCUCGAGUCCGCCUACGAGGACGCGGAGUCGAGGGGGCUCCGGGUGAGGGGCGUCCUCAUCACCAACCCGUCGAACCCGCUCGGCGCCACCGUGAAGCGCGCCGUGCUGGAGCAGGUGCUCGACUUCGCGUCGCGCAGGAACAUCCACCUCGUCUCCGACGAGAUCUACUCCGGCUCCGCCUUCUCCGACGGGGAGUUCGUGAGCAUCGCGGAGAUCCUGGAGGGGCGGAGCGACGGGGAGCGCGAGAGGUGCCACAUUGUGUACAGCCUGUCCAAGGAUCUAGGGCUCCCCGGAUUUAGGGUUGGGACGAUCUACUCGUACAACGACGCGGUGGUGACGACGGCGAGGCGGAUGUCGAGCUUCACGCUGAUCUCGUCGCAGACGCAGCAGCUGCUGGCGUCCAUGCUCUCCGACGAGGAGUUCACGGCGGCGUACAUCAAGACGAAUCGGGAGAGGCUGCGGCGCAGGUACGGGAUGAUCGUGGAGGGGCUGGGGCGGGCCGGGAUCGAGUGCUUGAGCGGAAACGCGGGGCUGUUUUGCUGGAUGAAUCUGAGCCCGCUUUUGAAGGAGGCGAGCGUGGAGGAGGAGUUGGGUUUGUGGAAUUGUAUUUUGCAUCAGGUGAGGCUUAACAUUUCUCCGGGCGUGUCGUGCCAUUGCAGGGAACCGGGCUGGUUUAGGGUCUGCUUCGCGAAUAUGAGCGAGCACACUCUGCAAGUCGCGCUUGCCAGACUACACGAUUUCGUGGAGACGAGGAGAAGCGCUCACCACCAAUGAUCAUAUAUGGGAUUCAUUUUGUUUCUGUUUAUGUAGCUUUUUUGAUUAAUUUUAUUUUAUCCAAUGUAUGUAGGGUGUUGAUCGGACUAUAGCUUCCCCGUUCGAAGAAUGGGUUUGCAUGAUUGGAUUUGGAUCAUUCAUUAAUUCAGAUAUACUAUAAAUUUGAUUACAUGACUU